CAGUCCUCUCAUCAUGACCUGGAUGUACCACCUGUCACCCCAACUAUCCAGACGGCCUUACUACAGUCGAUCCCUGUUUCAUUGUCUUCUCUGGCCCGUGCGAAACUACUCUCAAUCCAGUCUCCCUCUCCUUGACCCGACCGAAAAGCUCGAGGAAGAAACCCUGCCAUGGUACUCGCCCGAGAGAUCCUAUCCUGUCAGAAUUGGCGAGGUCUUCCAAUCGCGGUAUAAAGUUGUUGGAAAACUGGGCUACGGGGGAUACUCAACCAUUUGGUUGUGCAGGGAUCUAUUGCAGCGCAGCACAUAUGUCACGCUGAAAGUCUUCGAGUGCGAUUCAUCAGAAGCUCGAAGAGAGAUAUCAGCCUGCAGUCAUCUGAAUUCCCUUAGUGUGCCAGAUCAUGCUGGCGCCAAGCUUAUCCGGACAGCAUUGGAUAGCUUCCAGAUCACAUCCGCAAAAGGCACAUUCGGAUGUCUUGUCCAUCCACCCCUUGGAAUGAUCAAGUUAACCUUAAUGCAUCUCCUACUUGCUCUGGAUUGUCUUCAUACCGAGGCUGGAAUUGUCCAUACGGAUAUCCAGGAAAGGAAUGUCAUGAUGGGAAUAGAAGAUACUUCUAUCUUAUCUCAUUUCGAAGAAGAAGAGAAAGUCAAUCCCAGCCCGCGCAAAAUUGCCGGCGAUCGGGAGAUCUAUGCAUCCCGCAAACUCAGAAAAACCAAACAACAUGGUCGUCCUACUCUAUGUGACUUUGGUCAGGCUCGCUUUGGAUCAAACUUCUACAUUGGAGAUAUUCAGCCCUAUAUAUAUCGGGCACCUGAGGUGAUAUUGCGAAUGCCUUGGAAUGAAAAGGUGGAUAUCUGGAAUGUCGGAGUUCUGACAUGGGAUAUCUUCCAAGAAGGACAUCUGUUCUAUGCCCGAGAUCCCAACCGAAACCCUUCUGAUGCUCAUCAUCUCGCUGAAAUGAUUGCUCUAAUGGGACCACCGCCAAAGAAAAUGGUGCAGAACAGUGACUAUGCACCUAAGUUCUUCGACGGCGAGGGAAAUUGGAAAGGAGCUGUCGAGAUACCUUCGAUAUCUCUAGAACAGCUUGAGGGAAACUUGGAGGGAAAAUCACAGCAACUAUUCCUCCAGUUCCUACGGAAAAUCCUCAAAUGGAACGCAAAGGAGAGACAAUCAGCAAGGGAGCUCUUGAGUGAUUCAUGGCUACAAUCAUCAUAACUGCUUGAUAUGGAUGUAGACAUAGUCCUAGCGAUAUAACAAUCUCUCUACUCACGCUGUCA